AUGGAGGCCUCCAGGGCGACCCCGACACCCACCGCCACCCUGCGUUUCACCCUGCUGCGGCAUGGCCAGAGCACCUGGAACGCGCAGGGAAGGCUGCAGGGGAGCACGGAUGCAGCGUGCCUGACGCCAAAGGGCAUCGAGCAGGCCAAGGAUGCAGCUGCCAGGCUGCGGGACACCCACUUCCAUGCCAUGGUGCACAGCCCCCUGCGCCGCGCGGCCGACACGGCCGCCAUCGUCUGGGGCGAGCGCGCCGGCCCGAAGCAUGCUUUGCACGACCUGCGCGAGCUGGACCUGCACAGCUGGGAGGGCGCGCUCAAGACCGAGGCGGCUGCCCGUGACCCGGGGGCCUACGCCGCCUGGAAGGACCGGCCCGCGGCCUUCCAGCUGGACGGGCGCCGGCCGGUGUGCGACCUCUGGCGCCGCGCGCGGUCCGUCUGGCGGGCGCUGCUGGACCCCGGCGGCGCGCUGCGGGGAUCUCUGGGUCCGGCGCAGGGCGCCCCCUCCGUCCUCCUCGUGGCGCACCAGGGGAUGAACAAGGCACUCAUCAGCACGGCGCUGGGGCUUGAGGAGGAUGCAUUCCGGAGCCUGCCCCAGGCCAACUCGGCAUACACCUGUCUGGACAUUGGACUUGGCCAGCAGCCUGGCAUCCACAGCGUCACCGUGGUCUGCCUCAACCAGGGUCCCAUCCACAACAUCCUGGCAGGCAUCAGCACCACCACCUCUGGACUGCUCGUGCUCCUGGCCAGGGCCGCAGACGCGGACGAGCAAGAAAGGACGGCGGCAGCCGUGGCGCAGGCCCUCGGCCUGGAGGGGCCCAGCUGGCAGACGCCGCAAGCGUCGGAGGACGCUGCCGACCUUCCCGGCAGCAUCCUGUCUUUGGCGGCAACUGACGACGGGCCUACCCUGGUGUGCCUGGACGCCGGUGGGGUGGAAGCGCUGCUGCAUGCCUGCCUGGGGACCCGGCCGGAAGCUGUGCGCUGGGCGCGACAGCCCGGCACGCUCACUGUGCUGCAGUUCGAGGCAAAAGGCGAUGCCAUGCGGCCGGUAGUGCACUGCGCAAACUGCGUCCUCCAGGGAUGA